ACGACGUCACAUUCGUAGAUGCACAAAAAAAUUUUAAAAACAAAAACAAAGACGUAUUUUAAAAACAAAUUGAAAACAUGUCGUUUCUGCGUGGCUCGGUCAGCUAUGUGUGGUGCACCACCAGCGUGCUGGGCAAAGGCGCCACAGGCUCCGUUUUCCAAGGAGUCAAUAAGAUUACGGGCGAAUCGGUGGCUGUGAAGACCUUUAAUCCGUACAGUCACAUGCGGCCGGCGGAUGUCCAGAUGCGAGAGUUCGAAGCCCUUAAGAAGGUGAACCACGAGAACAUUGUGAAGCUGCUGGCCAUCGAGGAGGAUCAGGAGGGACGUGGCAAGGUGAUUGUCAUGGAGCUGUGCACCGGCGGCAGUCUGUUCAACAUACUGGACGAUCCGGAAAACUGCUACGGCCUGCCCGAGCACGAGUUCCUGCUGGUGCUGGAGCAUCUCUGUGCGGGAAUGAAGCAUCUGCGAGACAACAAAUUGGUUCAUCGCGAUCUCAAGCCCGGCAACAUCAUGAAGUUCAUAUCGGAAGAUGGCCAAACCAUCUACAAACUGACGGACUUUGGCGCUGCGCGCGAACUGGAGGAUAAUCAGCCCUUUGCGUCACUUUACGGUACCGAGGAGUAUCUGCAUCCCGAUCUUUACGAGCGCGCCGUACUGCGCAAGUCCAUCCAGCGCUCGUUCACCGCCAAUGUGGAUCUCUGGUCGAUUGGUGUUACCCUUUACCACGUGGCCACUGGGAAUCUGCCCUUCCGACCCUUUGGCGGUCGCAAAAACCGCGAGACAAUGCAUCAGAUCACCACCAAGAAGGCGUCGGGUGUCAUCUCUGGUACACAGCUCUCGGAGAACGGACCCAUUGAGUGGUCCACAACCCUGCCGCCGCAUGCCCAUCUCUCGCAAGGUCUCAAGACACUGGUGACGCCCCUUUUGGCUGGCCUGCUGGAGGAGAAUCGCGAAAAGACUUGGUCCUUUGACAGAUUCUUUCAAGAGGUGACACUCAUCCUGCGCAAGCGAGUCAUUCAUGUUUUCUUCACGAAUCGAACCAGUUCUGUGGAGGUGUUCCUCGAGCCUGAGGAGCAGAUCGACAACUUCCGGGAACGCAUCUUCCUGCAGACGGAGGUGCCUCUGGAGAAGCAGAUCCUGCUGUUCAACAACGAGCAUUUGGAAAAGAAGGUCACUCCCCGCACAAUUGCUAAAGCAUUCCCCGCCACAACCACCGAGCAGCCCAUAUUCCUCUACAGCAACGAUGAUAAUAAUGUCCAGCUGCCACAGCAAUUGGAUCUGCCCAAGUUUCCAGUAUUUCCACCAAAUGUGUCCGUGGAGAAUGAUGCCAGCCUGGCCAAGGCGGCCUGUAGCGUGGGCCACGAGUGCAAGCGACGCGUGGACAUCUUCACCUCAAUGGAUAUACUCAUUAAGAAGGGUGUCGAGCAUUUCGUAGAGAUGCUCAUUACCACCAUAACCUUGCUACGAAAAAAAACCGAGAGCUUUGAUAACCUUCUGUCGACAGUGAUUGAUUAUGCCGAUGUGGUGCAGAGCACCGCCAAGACAAAGGGAGAUCAGGAGCUGAAGACCCUGCUGAAGACAUUGAAAAAUGUAAAGAACGAUUUCGAUGGAGCCGCUGAUGUCAUCUCACAAAUGCACAAGCAUUUUGUACAAGACGAUGAGCUCAACGAUCAAUGGAACUCGUCGAUGCAUGGCAAAAAGUGUCCCUGCCGGACGAGGGCCAGCGCCCAGGCUAAAUAUCUUGUGGAGCGGCUGCGUGACUCCUGGCAGCAUUUACUGCGUGAUCGUGCCACACGCACGUUAACCUAUAAUGAUGAGCAGUUCCAUGCGCUGGAGAAGAUCAAAGUGGAUCACAAUGGCAAGCGGCUGAAGGCGUUGCUCUUGGACAAUGUGAAUCCAGCGGUGGCCCAGAUAGCCGAGUGCCUGGCGGAUUGGUAUAAGCUGGCGCAAACGGUGUACUUGAAAACACAGAUCCUGGAGAAGGAUGUAAGGGAUUGCGAGCGUAAGCUAAAUGGCAUACGCGAUGAGCUGUAUCAUAUCAAGACGGAACAGAAUCUGGAUGGGGACACAAAUACAAUGCAAAACAAUAUACAGCUGCUCAAGCUCAAGGAGCGCAACACGCUGCGCGAGAUGCAGCAGCAGCAGCUAGAGGUAAUGACUGUGAUGCGGAAAAACAGCGAAUUAAUCACUUUUCUGAGCAAAUUGGGCAUCACAAAUGGCAGCCUCGAAGCAAGUUAGCUUUAAAUAUUUAUCAAAGAGACUAAAUAUAUAAAUCAUAAGAUCAUUACAU